AUGAAUGAUCAGGAUGAAUUAGGAAAUAAUCCUGUGGUUGAAUGUUGUGAAGAUGACGAAAUAAAUAGAGGAGUAAGAAGUACUGUGGUAAAACCAGCUCACAUGGAAUCUUGUUGUAACAAGGUAAGAGUUGAAUACGACAUUAAUUUAAAUACAUCAAAGUCAGCUAUUUUAAAAGAGGAGGUACCCUGGAAUAACUACGAAGGGGAAGUGGACAAGGUCAUUUUGUGCCUCGUUAAUAAUUCAAACGAGAAGGAAGAAAAUCAACAAGGAAGGAGUGAUAAACAACGCAUUUAUGAGUAUAAUUGCAAUAAUUAUGAACAGUUCAUGUCAUUUGUAAGAUGUGAUAAAAAGAGCGAAGAUUAUAAUGAGGCACUAAGUAAUUUGUAUGAUGACAAAACGUCAAACUGUCUGAGUUCCGUUGAUGGGGAAGAGUUGGAUGCUUCAUAUGUGAGGAGAAUAAGAAUAGGAAGUACCGAUGAUAGAGACUUGAAGACUAAAGGAAAUUUUAAAAGUGAUAGUAAUGACAAAAAAGAUAAUAGUAGUAAUAUUGACAAAAAAGAUAUUAGUAGUAAUAUUGACAAAAAAGAUAAUAGUAGUAAUAUUGACAAAAAAGAUAAUAGUAGUAAUAUUGACAAAAAAGAUAAUAGUAGUAAUAUUGACAAAAAAGAUAAUAGUAGUAAUAUUGACAAAAAAGAUAAUAGUAGUAAUAUUGACAAAAAAGAUAAUAGUAGUAAUAUUGACAAAAAAGAUAUUAGUAGUAAUAUUGACAAAAAAGAUAAUAGUAGUAAUAUUGACAAAAAAGAUAAUAGUAGUAAUACUGACAAAAAAGAUAAUAGUAGUAAUAUUGACAAAAAAGAUAUUAGUAGUAAUAUUGACAAAAAAGAUAAUAGUAGUAAUAUUGACAAAAAAGAUAAUAGUAGUAAUAUUGACAAAAAAGAUAAUAGUAGUAAUGUAAAUGAUUUCCCCUUUGUGAAGAACAACGACGUUUUUGAGCCUAAUGUUGGAGCCUCAAACCAUACCACACAUAAGGAAGGGAUCGGAGCUACAAGUAGACAAAUUAGUAGUGAUAAUGAAGGAGAUACUACAAAUAGUGUGGGUAGAAAAAAAAAAUAUAAUACCUCCUCUUUUUAUGAAGAGAAAAAGAAACAUAAUAUAAAAGAAGACAAGGGAAAAAAGCUAAAAAAUAAAUUUUUUAAAUUUGAAAAUUUCUGUCAUAUAAGAAAAAAGAAUGUCGUUAAGUUUAACAUAAAAUAUAAUAAAAUUUUAAAUUCAAUGAUAGAUAGUAUGUUUAGUUACCCAUAUAAUAUUUAUUUUGAUGAAUCAAAUUAUAGGAGUGAAAAAAAUGAUGUAAAUAAUGUUUGCAGCAAAAAGGAAGGAUUGCAUAGGAACGGUGUUAACUCCUUUUUUUCUACCGUAUAUGUUGAUAAAGGUAAAAAUGAUAACAGUAAUUGCAGUUCCAUGAACGGAAGGAUGACAGCGAUACCGUGUGAUGACCGUAAAAAUGGACAGCAUUAUACUAGCGGUUUUUGUAACGCUAUGAAUCACUCCUACAUGAAUAUAAAUUCCUAUCGCAGAGAUCAGAACAGUGGCAAUGUGCUGAGUUAUUCACAUAACGGUGGUAAUACCAAGUGUGGGAGGAUUGAUAACCUUACGAAUCAUUCCGUAUACACGUUAAACGUUUCAGAGCAGGGUGGAGGCACUAGCUGUGGCAUACACUGUGGCUGUAUAUGCAGUAGUAGGUGUCGAAGUAACGUGUGUAAUACCAUCAGCACAGGGGAUAUACAUAAAAUGAAUGGUUUAUAUCCCUGUGAACAGAGGCAGCUAGGGCAGUCCGUACAGUGUGGACCCCAGUUGUGCCAUUACAAAGGUCAACUGGAUGCGAGAUUCGAAUCAGGGGAAAGGACAGGAAGUGCAAAAAAGUUUUCAUCCUAUGCCGAUAGAGGAUCUUAUUCAAAAAAGGACAGAUUUAUUGAGAAACGAAUAUUCAAUUAUACUGGUAGUGUGUCAACAAAUUUUACGAGUAUCAGUCAAAAUGCAUGCGCAUAUUACACUCAUGAUGUAGCGUCCCACAGCGUGCAUAGUAAUACUAACAGAAAUGAUAAUGAUAGCAAUGGUAAUAGUAAUAGUAAUAGCAAUGGUAAUAGUAAUAGUAAUAGCAAUGGUAAUAGUAAUAGUAAUAGUAAUAGUAAUAGUAAUAGCAGUGGUAACAGUAAUAGUAAUAGCAGUGGUAACAGUAAUAGUAAUAGCAUUGGCAGUAGCAGCAAUAGAGCACAGGAGAAGGGAAAGCAUGGCCAUGCCAGCAACGAAACAAACGCGCACUUUAACGUUGAUAAGGUAAAAAUCCGAAUCCAGCAACUGCAAAACAAAAUUAAAGCUAAUUUAGACGAACUGAACACGAAUAAUCAGAGGAAAGAGAGAGAAGAGAAUACAUUAGGCCAUAAUAGGUACAAAGUAAAUUUUUCGUUAGAAAAGGAAAGAACAAAAAGAGGUAUUAAUAUGCAUGUAAAUAAAGAAAAGGGUUACACCUUUUCUCAUUACAAUAAUAUGAAAUAUAUUUUUUAUUUCAACCAUUUAAAUGAACAAGAUUAUAAAGUUUGCCUUACAAACCCGACAGAAAAGAUGCAUAACUCAGGUGAGUAUAUAUGUAAAUCCAUUUUUAAAUUUUUUAAAAAUUAUAGUUCCCUGUCAUUAUUAUGUUUAAGUGUUAAUGAUGAUAAAGAACUGUUCAGUCGUUUGUUUUCCCCUUAUUCCAAGUUAUUUCAUUUGGAGGGGAAUGGUAAUAUGUUUAUAAAGAGUCUAUGUAGUGAAAAAAGAGCACGUUCAUAUGGACCCCUCUUGUGUGGCAUAAACAAAAGAAAUAGUUAUCAAAUGGAUAAAAUGGAAAAGAUUUAUUUUUAUUAUAAAUGUAGAGAAUUUAUAAAUCACUUACAUAAAAUAUGCACAUGUAGUGAUAUGUUAGUAGAUGCAUAUAUUACUUGUGGGUAUAAUUACAAUGUCAUAAGUUCUCUUCAUUUAAAGAAAGAUUAUUCAUAUCUUCGUAAUUUUGAAGAAAAUCAUAUUAAAGAUUACAACAUAUGCAGUGAGAAUUAUGUACCAUUUUUAGAAAAGUUUGGUUUAAAUUAUGAACAGUCAGGUAAAGUUAGCUCUAAAAACAAACACAAGCAAGAUUUUGUAAAUUUACAUAACGGGGUGCUUAAUCAUACAAUUAAGAAUCAUGAUUGCGGGAUCACACACAACUGUAAACAGGCACAAAAGGAGGAGAGUAUAAAAGAGGAAAAUCAAAUCAGUACUGAUUCUGCUGCUGCUGCUGCUGCUGCUGCUUCCAGUAUUGCCACCAGUGUUGGUACUACUAACAUUCGUUGUGCUACUGAUAUAGUAAUAACUACGCGGAGUUGUGAGGACCAAUGGGGCUAUUGUUGCCACUGCAAUGACAGUGGUUGUGCAUGCGUGUGUGUUCAUAAAAUAAAAGAAAAGAAUGAACACAUCAAAGGAAAAACAGUUCUUCAAAGAGGUAGAGAAAAAGCCAUCAAAGAGAACAUUAAGAGUGGAAUUCACAGUGACUUGCAGAGAGGCUUCCAAAGGGGCACGUGCCAAACACUAAGCGAAAACGAAAUAAUGAAAAAAAAGAUUUUUGAACAAAAUAAAAUAAAAAAGUUUUGUAGAUAUGAAAGGGAAAUUAAAAAAAACUUAUCCAGGAAAAAUGAUAGAAAUAGUUGUAAGAUACUCUUUAUGCGUAAAAUAAGGAAGAUCACGAGAAAUUUGUGCAAACUGUCUAGCGUUAAAUAUCGAAUUUUCCUUUCGCAUGAACUGUUCAGGAUGUUUUUUAAAAAGAAAAAAAAAAAAAGGAAAAAAGGGGAAGAGAAAGUGGAGGAUAAAUGCGGAGAGAAUGAAGAUGAUAAAAAGGAAGUGAAAAUGGAAAGACAUGGAGAGGAGCCCAAUCAGGGGAAAAGCUCAAAUGCGCAAAGGAAACCUUUGAAAAUAAUCUUACAUAGGAAAAUAAAUAAUUUUAAACAUAAAAAAAUAAAAAAUCAUUUCACCUCGGAAGAGAGUUUUGUUGAACUGAAAAAAAGCGAUGUGCCCAUGGAGCCCGAGCAGGUCGAGAAGCAAGUGGAUACCACUGCUCUUAUCCGAAAAAGGGUUAACGAGGAUAUAGAAAAACUUAAGUCAUUCAAAAGGAAGAAAUUAGGACAGCACAAUAAAAGGCGCUACUACGAAAUUAAAGGAGCCAACGGAAAAGCGGAUGGAAAAGCGGAUGGAAAAGCGGAUGAUAGUGCACAUGAAGUAUAUCCUAAAAAGAGGUUACAAGGUACACAUAAUACAAAUAUGAAAAAAAGAGAAAGGAUAAUAGACAGUUCUGAAAAAAGUGGAUAUAUACCGGAUGGAAUGAAAAAUGAAGGAAAAUAUGAGGUGUGUGAAAUUAAUAGCAGCUUGCACAUAAUGGCACAGGUCGGGGAUGUAGAGAACAAAGAGAAGCAUAUCGAACACAUUAAAUACAUGGAACGCGGAAAAUAUAAUGGACGUGAAAAAUGUAAUGAGCAAGGAAAGUACGAUAAACAUCUGGGGUGUAAUAAACGUAAGAAGCAUUCAGAACGAAUCAAAGUCGAUGAAGAAGUAGUCUCCCAAACUAAAGAGAACAAAAAAUUGCGUUAUGUGUAUUUAAAGGGAUAUCUAGAUGUAUACUUAAAUGAGCAAAGGAGUGUGCAUUUUGAGAAAGGAAAUAUAUUUUUUAAGGUUAGCUCACACAAGGAUUUCAAUAUAGAUGUCAAUCUGAAUUUUGAUGAGACAUUCACACGUAUCCUUUUUAACAAAAUAUUAGCUCAUUGUAUAGAGGAAGUACAAAUAAGGAAAGUCCCAUACUGGGUCAGAGGAGCGGAAAGAGGUGGGGAUGAUAGUGGGGAUAGCAGUGGAGUUAGUAAUGGAAAUAAUAGUGAAAGUAGUAGAUGCCAUAGAAGGAUCAGUAACAGAUGCAGUGGUAAAGGGGGCACUAGUGAGGAUCGAAGCAAGAAAUGCUUCACAAAAAUUGAUCCUUCAUCAUAUAAUCAAAAUAGAGAUACUUGCAUAAAAAAAAAUGGCCUUUAUAAUCGAUACAACCUUAACAAAGACGAAAUGAUAACACUAUUUCAAAUUUUGUAUUUGAAUUUUUAUAAAUGCUAUUCCAAGUUAAAUUUUAACUCACUGCUAGGGAUCUACUACAAUAGUCCUUGUACAUUUCCAGAAAAAGAUGAUGCAAAAGUUGUAAAUAUAGAUAAAAAUUUAUUUUGUGAGAAGGUGUAUGAUGAUAAAUUAUUUUAUUAUAAUAUUUUUUUAAGGAAAUAUGGCAUAAUAAAAGAAAAGGAAAAAGAAGUAGCAGUAGAAGUAGCAGUAUUAUACCAACCGCAACAUUUUUUUGAUGAUUUUAAUGAAGACUUAAUAUUAGCAAUCAUUUCGUAUUUAAACAAUCAUUUGGGAAAGUUGUCUAUUUUGGACCUAAUAUAUGAAGAAUAUAUGCAUUGGGGGUAUUUGACGGGGAGGCAUUCUACCUCAGAAUAUUCUGACCAUAGUCAUGUCGACGGAGGUAAAAGCUACACUUGUCGUUAUAUUGGUAGUUACCUAGACACUGGAUGUGAUGAUGAUGAGCCCUUAAAUCCUGAUGAUAGAUAUUUCAACAUAAUUAUGAAUUAUUUUAAUAACGUAAUUAUUCCGAUAUGUGACAACUCCACUUUUUAA